AUGUCUCCAAAUAAGAAUCAGAGAUCUUCUGAAGCUAAUGCUACCUACUCUACUGGUUUUUCCAAAAAAACAACCUAUAAGCCAACUCAAUCAAAUCAAACACCUAUUUCAGGUUAACUGCCGGAAAUUACUAAAAAGAAAACCAAGAAUGACAUACUCUGUUACUCUCAAGAGUUUCAAGAUAUUCUCCAAGUUGAAAUUGAUGAGAGGUAUCGAUAUUUAGUUAAAAAUGGAACCAUCAAAAAGAUUGAGAAUGGAGGAAACAUCAUCUUUUCUGAAUUAUAACAAAUACCUGGCAUUUGGGUUUGUUAUAGAAGACCCAUGGAAAGAGCCAAUAACUUAGAAAAAUUAAGUCUUGAUUAUUUGGACUUGACUCAUAUGCCAUUAUUAGAAGGAGAAGAAAAGUUGAAAAUCCUAACAUACCAGCAUAACAGAAUUUUAUCAAUCCAAAAUCUUGUCUCCUUACCCAAUUUAUUAUAUCUAGACUUGUAUGAUAAUUAAAUUAAAGAAAUCGAUGAAUUGAAAUAAGUUUAAAAAUUAAAGGUCUUAUUGUUACCCAAAAAUUAAAUUAGAAGGAUACAAAAUUUAGAUCACCUCACUAAAUUAGAAGUUCUAGAUUUACAUAGCAAUCGCAUUGUUAAUUUGGAAGGAUUAAGCAAAUUAAAAAGUCUCAAAAUUUUGAAUGUUGGUAAUAAUCUAAUAACCAAAUUGGAAGCACUUGAGGAAUUAAGCUCUCUAAUUGAAUUAAACAUUAAAAUGAACUAAAUUGAGAAUAUUGAUCAUUUAUAAGUCCUCCCCUAAUUGUAAAAAUUAUUUAUGUCCUAAAACAAAAUUAAUUCUUUUCCCUGUAUUUUCAAUCUAUCAGAAUUAUCACUAGAAAGCAAUCCAAUCUAAACAAACAAAUCUGAUUAUUAUAGAUACAUAUGCUAAACCUUUGAAACUUUAAAAAUUUUAGAUGGAAAACCUAUUGAUUAAAUCAAAUAGGAGAUCUUGUUUGCCGACAUACCAAAAACAGAACCCAUUAAAAAGAAAACAAUAAACCAAUAGCAAAUUUAACAACAGCAAUUACUACAAUAGUAAAAACCAAAAAAGCCCAAUUAAAUGGGCCUUGAGAUUCAUGGAGUGGCUUCAGAAUUUAAAACUAAAGAGGAAAUUGCACCCUUUGCCUAAGUUAAAAAGGAACCUACUAACUUAAAAAAUCCUCCAACCUAACAAUAACAAUAACAACCAUUAAGAGAAACAAUACCAAGUUUAAAGAACUCUUUGACAAACACUGCUGCUGCCUAAGAGGAUGACAUUUUAGUCUUGAUCAAAAAAUAAUGGACAGCUGAAUAUAAAAGAAUUCAAUUGUUAGAAAAAAAUAACUAAUUAAAUAAAAAGAGCUGCUUAGAACAUCAACUUGUAGAAGGAGGACAUGCUGAAGUUGAGGAUGAUGUCUUUUUGCUGAUAUAUGGCACUGCAUCAGCUAUGGUAUUACCAACUUAAAAUUUUAGUUAAAUUAUUGAAAAAAUCCAUUUUCAAUAUGUAUUUUUUGACUCAAUUAUUGACACUUAAUUGUCGAUAUUAAAAGAUUAUUCAAAAUUGAGAGAACUAGUUUUGAAAGAUAACUAUAUCAAUAGUCUAUUAUAAUUAGCCAAAUUGGAACAUUUGAGUGAAAUUCAAAAAUUAACAAUAUUAAACAAUCCAAUUAAUAAUUGUUCUUUCAUGUUUUAAUUUUUAGUUUAUAGAUUUCCAUCUAUGAUUUAAAUUAAUGGAAAAGAUAUAAGAAAUGAUGAUAGACAAAAAGCCAAGCAUUUGUUUUCCAAUUUUGACAAAUCCUUAUAGAUUCCAGAAAAAUUAUAAAAUUUUGAAAAUAUACGGCAAUUAAAAAGCUUUUAAAAGGAUAGAUCCUACAUUAAACUAUUUCAUAAAUGUUUAAAUGACGUUUCAAAUGAAUAAAAGAUAGUAUACAAAUAUCGAAAGACUUUUGAAAAUAUUUAUGAAGACUACUUAACUUAAUUAAUCCAAUAAUGUAAAGAUAAGGAAAAAUGA